AUGAAUUUUCUACAUAAGAAUAUUUUCACAGGGUUUGGUACUCCCCAAGCUCUCAUUAGUGAUGAAGGCAGUCAUUUCUAUAAUAAGAAACUUGAUGCUUUACUUGUUCGCUAUGGAGUAUACCACCACACUGCUCUACCUUAUCACUCUCAAUCGAAUGGUCAAGCUGAAUUUUCAAACAAGGAGGUGAAAAGUAUUCUUGAAAAGAUGGCAAUGAAGAAGCCGAAUUUUGAUGAGAAAGCUACUAAACAGAAUAGGCUACUCCAACUAAACGAGCUUGAUGAGUUUCGUAAUGAAGCCUAUGAGAAUGCCAAAAUCUACAAGGGAUGCACAAAGGCAUGGCUCGACAAGAACUUGAUCAGAAAAGAGUUCCAACCCGGGCAAUAA